AUGCAAAUCUUCGUGAAAACGUUGACAGGCAAAACAAUCACACUUGAAGUUGAACCGGCUGACACAAUCGAAAAUGUAAAAGCUAAAAUCCAAGACAAAGAGGGCAUCCCACCCGAUCAGCAACGAUUGAUUUUUGCCGAAUCGACACUCCAUCUGGUGUUACGACUACGUGGUGGUAUGCAAAUCUUCGUGAAAACGUUGACAGGCAAAACAAUCACACUUGAAGUUGAACCGGCUGACACAAUCGAAAAUGUAAAAGCUAAAAUCCAAGACAAAGAGGGCAUCCCACCCGAUCAGCAACGAUUGAUUUUUGCCGGUAAGCAGCUGGAAGAUGGACGUACAUUGUCCGACUACAACAUUCAGAAAGAAUCGACACUCCAUCUGGUGUUACGACUACGUGGUGGUAUGCAAAUCUUCGUGAAAACGUUGACAGGCAAAACAAUCACACUUGAAGUUGAACUGGCUGACACAAUCGAAAAUGUAAAAGCUAAAAUCCAAGACAAAGAGGGCAUCCCACCCGAUCAGCAACGAUUGAUUUUUGCAGGGAAACAACUGGAAGAUGGUCGAACGUUGUCGGAUUACAAUAUUCAAAAAGAGUCAACACUCCAUUUGGUGUUGCGGUUACGUGGUGGUCAGUAA